CAUACAGAACAAAAGAGAUAUAUCGCACACACAAAGCAAAGGUAAUUUGGCAAAAAGAAGGGCUAUAUACAUCGAUUGGCUUGCUAUCCGUGAUAAGAAUAGGCAGAGAAGACGCAAAAGCGAAAAAUUCCAUUUAUUCCUUAAAAUCUGUUAAAUAUUUUGUGUAAAUAAGCAUAAAAUUAUGGCUUCACGUAAUGAAUCACGCAUUUAUGUUGGAAACUUGCCGCCAGAUAUUCGCACCAAAGAUAUACAAGAUCUGUUUCACAAAUUUGGCAAGGUUACGUUUGUCGAUUUGAAGAACCGGCGUGGUCCGCCAUUUGCAUUCGUAGAAUUUGAAGAUGCUAGAGAUGCUGAUGACGCAGUUAAGGCUAGGGACGGUUAUGACUACGAUGGCUAUAGACUACGCGUAGAAUUUCCAAGAGGUGGUGGCCCCGGCAGUUAUCGCGGUAACCGCAAUGAAGGAGGUGGCGGAGGAGGACGUGGAGGAAGGGAUGGGGGCGGCCGUGGUGGUCGUGGACCUCCAACUAAACGUUCUCAAUACCGCGUUCAAGUUACAGGAUUGCCUUCAUCGGGCUCUUGGCAGGAUUUGAAAGAUCACAUGCGUGAGGCCGGAGAUGUCUGCUUUGCCGAUGCCUAUAAAGAUGGCACAGGUGUUGUUGAAUUUUUGCGCUUGGAAGAUAUGAAAUAUGCCAUAAAGAAAUUGGACGAUUCAAGAUUUAGAUCACAUGAGGGUGAAGUAUCCUACAUUCGUGUUCGUGAAGAUACCGGCGAUGGUGACCGAGGUGCAGGUGGACGUGGUGGUGGAGGCGGUGGCGGUGACUUUGGAGGACGUGGCAGAUCUCGCUCAUUUUCACCACGCCCCCGCAGACGUGGUACUCCAACCUAUUCACCAGUUAGACGACAAACAUUCUCAAGGUCACGAUCUCGUUCAAACUUUUAAUUUAUCCAAACAAAAGAAAACAAGCAUAACUAAAAAACAAAAACGAAAAACAAUUUAAAUGGAGAGAAAAAUUUUGAAAACCAAAACUCAAUUGAUUAUUACAAGCAUACAACAGAGCAAAAAUUUUUUCCUGACAAAACCAAAAUAUGUAGCAAAACUACAAACUAUUCCAAAAGAAAUACCAUAAGAGAUAGAAGAAACAUCCAUCAUCUAUCAUCCGUUAGAGGCAUGAUGGAUUGAAAUGGGUUUAAAAUUCUCCUAAAUCAAAACUUGAGCAAAUUUCUGUUUCUAUAUUGUAAUUAUAAUUUCAAUUUUUUUACUUUGGUUUGUUUUUUUUUUUUUUUUAUAUAAGUUUCCUUAGUCUCUCUAUCAAUCUUCUACAACUGUCCAUUUUUUAAAUUUUAACAAAAAGUACAAGACAAACAAAAGCAAAAAACAAAAAUAUGAAAAGGAAACAUAACUCUUAGUACAAGUUUGGGGAGAAAAAUCAAGGCUCAAUGUGUAUGACGAUUAUGAAGCGUUACACCGUGAGAAGAAAUAUGACCCUUUUCGAAAAUUGUUUAUGAUUUAAAUAUUAAAUUUCGCCAACAUUCCUUGAUUUUUAACCUUAUAACUUAUAUUUUUAUUUUUUUUUUUUAAUUUUUUGUUAAACUGACCCCCCCAACCAACCAACCAUUCGAAACCAAAUCCUUAUAAACUUCUUCAAAUGUAAAUAAGUUUAACAAGAUUUUUUUUAAACCAAACUAUUCAAAGAUUGUGCAUUAUUCUUUGAUACCAUCUACUUUAUUUUAUGCGUACGGCCCUUAGGGAGUUUCAAAUAUUUUAAAAUUUAUGAUUUGCUUUAAAAAAAAAGCCUGUGGAAAAUCAAGAAAAUUCUAUCACUCUUGAAUUUUCUAUGGCUUUGCUUUUUAGAAUCCUUCCUUUACAAUCUAACCCCCCUUUAUCCUGCUAUAAUCUCAUAAUAGUGUAGGUUUUUCAACUCACUCCACCACUCACUCAUCCAAACUAUCACAUCUAUAAAACCAACCACAUCCAAACAAACUACAUUUAAAA